CUUGAGGCUAUAAAAUGAAGGAACUUACUGUAACCGGGACGCAUUCUGUAGCUGGAGUUCCCUUUGUGAACUCCCACACAGAAACUAAAGUCAGCCCAAUGCUUUAAUCACUACUCACAUAGAGAGAUAUCGACGUCGGUUUCCUCUCACUUCCAAGCUCAAACAUUUCAUCAAGUCGCCGGCCGGGUAACGCUGCAGACAGCAGAGCCAUGGCAGGGGACGGGUCCGACCAGCGGGCGCUGCAGUAUGAACAAACUCUGAUGUAUGGGCGCUACACCCAGGAGCUCGGGGUGUACGCCAAAGAGGAGGCCGCUCGGCUGAGGGAGAGCGGGCAGAGACGAUCGGUCACCGAACGAAGCCGGGCCCUGGACCUGCUGGAGUACGACAAGGGACGCUGUGCCAAGUGUCGCAUCUGCACGGUUCGCUGUCAGAAGUUCCUGAUCUCGCGGGUCGGGGAGGACUGGAUCUUCCUCAUCCUGCUGGGACUCCUCAUGGCUCUGGUCAGCUGGGUGGUGGACUUCUGCAUCGCCAUCUGCCUACAAGCACAGAAGUGGAUGUACGGUGGUCUGGACAGUAACGUGUUCCUGCAGUAUCUGGCCUGGGUCACCUAUCCUGUGGUCCUCAUCACCUUUUCUGCCGGCUUCACCCAGAUCCUCGCCCCGCAGGCUGUUGGUUCGGGUAUUCCAGAGAUGAAGACCAUCCUGCGAGGAGUGGUGUUGAAGGAAUACCUCACCUUCAAAACAUUUGUGGCUAAAGUCAUCGGCCUCACCUGUGCUCUGGGCAGUGGCAUGCCCCUGGGCAAGGAGGGUCCGUUUGUACACAUCGCCAGUUUGUGUGCUGCCCUCCUCAGCAAGUUCAUGUCUCUGUUUGGAGGAAUCUAUGAGAAUGAGUCGAGGAACAUUGAGAUGCUGGCAGCAGCCUGUGCUGUGGGAGUGGGCUGCUGUUUUGCUGCCCCCAUAGGAGGUGUGUUGUUCAGUAUUGAAGUAACAUCCACAUUCUUUGCGGUGAGGAACUAUUGGAGAGGUUUCUUUGCUGCUACCUUCAGUGCCUUCAUCUUCAGAGUGCUCGCUGUUUGGAACAGAGACGAAGAGACCAUCACAGCCCUAUUUAAAACCCGUUUCCGGCUAGAUUUUCCCUUUGACCUCCAGGAGCUUCCUGCCUUCGCCGUCAUUGGUAUUGCCAGUGGUUUUGGUGGGGCUUUGUUUGUCUACCUGAACCGUCUGAUUGUCCAGUUCAUCAGGAAACAGAAGGCCAUCAACAGAUUCCUCAUGAAAAAGCGUCUGCUGUAUCCAGCACUGGUUACUCUACUUGUUUCCACACUAACAUUUCCCCCUGGCUUUGGACAGUUUAUGGCUGGCAAGCUGACCCAGAAGGAAUCUCUGGUGACACUACUAGACAACCGGACGUGGGCCAAGCAGGGCAUCGCUGAGGAGUUUGACUACAUCGGACACUCCCAGGCCUGGAAACACCCACAGGUCAACGUCUUCGUCACACUGGUCCUCUUCAUCGUCAUGAAGUUCUGGAUGUCUGCCCUGGCCACCACCAUCCCAGUCCCCUGUGGAGCUUUCAUGCCAGUAUUUGUGAUUGGAGCAGCGUUUGGUCGUCUGGUUGGAGAGAGCAUGGCAGCCUGGUUCCCAGAUGGCAUUAACACAGAUGGCACCAUCUACCCCAUAGUGCCAGGAGGCUACGCUGUCGUGGGUGCUGCGGCCUUGUCAGGAGCGGUCACCCACACGGUUUCCACUGCAGUCAUCGUGUUCGAGCUGACCGGCCAGAUCUCCCACAUCUUGCCGGUGAUGAUAGCAGUGAUCCUGGCCAACGCCGUGGCCCAGUCCCUCCAGCCCUCCCUCUACGACUCCAUCAUCAGGAUCAAGAAGCUGCCCUACCUCCCGGAGCUGGGCUGGGGACACCAUGAGAAGUAUAAUAUUCGUGUGGAGGACAUCAUGGUGAGGGACGUGCGGUACAUCACACUCAAUUGCUGCUACAGAGAUCUGCAUAACGUCCUGCUGACAGGCCACCUCAAGACUCUGGCUCUAGUGGAAUCAGCCGAGUCUAUGAUCCUGUUGGGCUCCAUCGAGCGUGCCCAGCUCCAGUCAUUGCUCUCGCAGCAGCUCGGGCGCCCUCGGCGGUUAGAGUACAUCAGGGAGCGAGCCGCUGCGGAGAAGAAGCGUCUUUCUGUCGUGUCAAACACUGGCAGCGAGGACGGCAGCCAGCGGACUAGUCAGGAAGUCCGCUUCCAGAUCUCUACUGAGGAGUCAUCCUUCAGUCCUACUCGUCCAACUCCUCAGAAGCCCCUUAAACCCGCUCUGAAGAGACCCUCUGUGGUGGAGCGACCCACUGAGAUCCCCACCAGCCCACACGAUAAUUCAGGCAUUGCUUUGAAGAACCUGUUCUGCGCCAGUCCAGACACAGAAGGCAUGGAGAAAAACAACAACAUGGAGAGCCCCACGUCUCCUGAGCACAGGAGGCCGUCCAAACGAGUCCGGAUAUCCGUCGUGGACGAUGGAGAUGUGGAGGAUGACAUGACCAUCAGAGAGAUUGCAGAGUGGGAAGAGAAUCAGCUUGAUGAGCAGGUCAACUUCAACAACUGCAAGAUCGACCCCGCCCCGUUCCAGCUGGUGGAGCGCACGUCGCUGCAUAAGACCCACACCAUCUUCUCCCUGCUGGGCCUCGACCACGCCUACGUCACCAGCAUCGGUCGGCUCAUCGGGGUGGUGUCCCUCAAAGAGCUUCGCAAGGCCAUCGAGGGUUCUGUGACAGUGAAGGGUGUGAAGGUGCGUCCUCCUCUGGCCAGCUUCCGGGACAGCGGCACCAGCAGCAGCGAGAACGAGGUCACUGAGCUCCACAAGCUGUGGGACCGCCACAAGAGCAUGUCGCUGCCCCGCGAACACACCCCCUCCGAGUCCGACGAGAAGUCCCAGUGAGGGAAAGUAGAGGAGGAGGAGGAGGGGGAGGAGGGAGUAGGGCAGGUGGAGGAAGAAAAGGAGGAGGAGGCAUUGAGGUCUUGAAUCCCCCAAAGCCACAAACAUGCAAAAAUCCUCAGGGCUUAGGAUCAAUAUUUAAUUCUGGAAAGAGUUCUACUGCUACGCCAGCCUCCUCACAACUCCUCAUCUCUCUCCUCAUCUCCUCCUCUCCACCUCCAGCACUCCUUCACUUGACGGACCACCCAGUGCUUUCUGUAGGAGCCUCGCACUGACAAAGCCAGACACUCCACGGGGGAGCGGAACACAACUCAACCUGUGCCCUGCUCUCCAUUUACCCUCGGGAACCCACAGCAGAGAGAAUGUGGAUUUGGGGGGGAGGAGAAAAAAAAGACAUAUAGUCAAUGGUCAACAUGGUAAUCAAGGGACUGGGUUGAAAUCUUAAAAAAAGGGAUUUUUUUUUUUUUUAGAAGACUUUGUUUAGCUCGUGUAUCUUUAGAGUUAAAGUUUGAACCGACAGGACCUACAAAAGUUAUCUUUUGAAUGAGUCUUCCACUUGAGUAGAGAAAUUCAGCAUUGACGACAAGGAAGAAUAAUGUAUGCGUGUGCUACAAGUGUGAGUGUAUGAAAUGAGAAAAUGAUGAGUGUGCAUGUAUUUGGAAGAGGGAGGUAGCAAACGACUAUUUUUUUUAUCGCCUUUUAAACACAUUUCAGUCUUUGAUUUCCUGCUUGAAUAAUUUUAUUGCCGACUGAUCAAGUUGUCUGGGUUUAACUGGAAUUUGCUAUGGCGCCAUUUCUUUGUAAAUUUCACUACAGUUUGUCCCUUUGACAAGAAUUGGACUCACAUGGGGACAGAUGCCUUAGUUUUCUGUAUUCUCAUGUUUCCAUUUCUCUCUCUUUUUCUUGGUAUUCUCAUCUCAUCACUGCGAGUCUUAAUGGUCAGGUUGAGAGUACAGACUAUGCAACCAGACAUGCCUGUUGGCAGCGGCGUAAGUACCUGUAGCCCUUUUCAUAAUGUACACUCCUUUCAUACGGUAGCUAGAGCCUUACAUACACAGGAGACACAUAGAAACACACACAACGAUGGCGGUGAUGCGCUCCGAGAGUCGAGGUUUUCUGCUUAUCUAAAUAUAGCUCUUAAUAACCGUUCCAGAGAAGGUUGGGCGGAUGGAGAGGGCAGGAAGUGAGGGAGGGAGGAAGAACGGGGAGUAAAUGGAUAGCUGAAAGAAUGAAGACAUCAUUACCUAACCAGCUGCUCUGGGCCCUCUCAUCAAUCUGCCUUUGAUCGCCAUGUUAGCUAACCUCCAUUACUAUCAGAGACACAGUAGCCCCCCCACCACCACCACCAGCUAUAUGAUGUAACGGUCCAAGGCUGAGGCAGACACUGGUCUCAACAUACACAGCACUAGAUGACAGAAUGUGAGCAGUAUCAGCUUGAUUAAUGCGGACGAAGAGCCUGAGUGAACUGAACAGGUGUAAAAAUCCAUAAGUGACUAUUAGUUAGUAGUCCAAGAUGAAGUGCAACUAUUUCAAAAUCAGCUGGUUUACCACUAUAAAUCCAAAUUACCACUAAAUAUUUGCUCCUGCUACUACCCAGUGUGGUUGACUGAUUUAAACUUGAACUCGAGCCAUUAAAGUUUUAAUGACAGCAUGGUUUCUGAGUCAGCAAUCAGUCUGACAUGACAGAUAACAUAUAAGUACUGUGUAUUUAAUAAUUCAUAUCUGCCAUAAUGCUUGAAGCUUGUCGGUGUGCUCUUCACUCAUCGACAGAAAAACAUUGAUUUGUUUUCCCUCUCCUCCAUCCCUCCAUUUCUCUUCGGCUUCCUUUUUACACUUGUGUGGGCUACUCGCCCGAAAUACAUCCUUUAAAGGUGCAAUAUAUGACAUUCGGCCCCACUUGCACUAGCACCAGCAUCUCAGACCAAAACAAACAUGCGCGUUGUUUUCUCAAUAAAGUUGGUGGGGGAAAAAAGAAAGCAGCCCCUGAAGAGACAGCUCACGAAACUCAGAUCAAACUGUCAAAUUGUCAAAUAUGGAUCUUUGUGAUGUUUGUGAUGCGGCUGCCAUGUUGGAAAUGGACGCGGAGGACGCGGAGGGACUCACAUGCACUAACAUGCACGUUCACAUGCACAAACAUGCACGCGCGGCCAGACCGGCUUUCAAAACAAAGAAAAGAGAAUCUUGGAUUACAACACACAUAGAGGGAGUGACUUCACUCUCAUUACUCCACUAUAUCUUGACAUAGGGAAUCGUUGUUAUCUGACAUCUAGUGGGGCUGAAUGUCGUUUAUCCCAACUUUAAAACACACUCCUUUUUUAGUUUUUAUGUUGUUUUUUUGGAAAGGAUGCCCACUACCAUCCACAGAAUUGCUCUACUGUUUGAAUGCCUUAAAUACGCACAACUCCAUUGUCGUUUCCACAUUCGAUGCGUUGCAUGGAUUUUAUUUUUGGUGUCUUGUCUCGCUAGUUGCCGCUGAAAGUAAAACACACACACACACACACAGUUAACAGCAUGGCUUUGCAGUAGGGAGUGCAUGUGGGAUUAGUUUUUUACGAUCGAAAUGUACCAAAAACAAAACGCUUGACAAAAACUAAUAUGGGACGAGUGAAUGAUGUUGCAUUUUAGUAUAUUCAACAUCUUCUGUCUGUAUGUUAUGUGUAUCUUUUCUGUCUCUUCUUUUGUACUUAAAGUAGAUUGAGAUUCCACUUUGAUUGGCAUCUUUCAUUCAUGCAAUGAGCUUUAUUCAUGGCCUAAUUUUGGACUGGGGGUGGCGUCUUUUGGGUUAGCAAAGUUAUACUCACAGAUUAAUAUAUUUAACAUCAUGGCUGUAAUAUAAAAUCAUAAUUUAAUGUCUUAAUCAAUCCUUAAUUGUUGACUAUUCUCUAAGAGAUUUAGGGGCUUGUUUUAUAUUUGUCUUUUUUUCAUUAUUGAUGAUUGAUUACUGAUUUUUGUGCUGCCUUUUAUGUUUUUUAUCUUUUGACAUGCUGUCUGAAACAUUUCAACCAUGUCGAAACUCAGACAUUGUGCAUUAUAAAUAACACUAAUGCGGUGAAGCCUGGCACUGGCUGCCUAAUAGGAAAAAAAUGUAUUUGUAAAGCCAAGGGAAGUUAAUGUUGAAGGGACCAGCAUGUGGUCUGUUGGUGACAUGGUCAUUCUACAAGUGCCUGCAUCGACUCCUCUUCUUUGUCAGCUGGAAUAAGCAAUCGACAUCCAAAUGUUCGGAUGUGGUUUUCUAGUCAUAUGCAUGUAGAUGAGGCACUUUCCACAUACACACUCAGAGACAAAUAUGUAAGCGAGGUGGAUGAUGUGUCAGCGCGGUGUGCAAUUAUCACCAUGGCAACCUGUCGUCAUCGUCCCCCUCCCUCCAAUCUGCUCGCCCCGGGGACUGACCGAGAUCCACUCGUGUGAUUUGGUUUUGUUCAUUUGUUUGUGCUUUUCAUUGAUUUUCAUUAUUCUGCCUUCUGCCAGAGCCUUCCCCUCCGCGGACAUUUCAGAGUUUUUCAUCUCAUUUGCUACCAGACAGAUAUAGACCAAGGUAGACGCAUAUUUAUUAGUCUGUAUUAAUCAAAGUAGAAGUUGUAAUUUUUUUUUUUCAUUCUUUUUAUGGAUGAUCUCCUUGUAGGUAAUCAAUUUGUGCAAUAACAGUUGUUCAUCUCACUUUGUAACCCAGUUUUAAUUGAUGACAUGAAUGCAAGAUAACCUUAUUUUUGUAAAGAAACCUGAAAAGUGUAAAAAGAUGUAUGUAUAUGAGGAGAACUGACGCUCACACGGGAGCUUUUGUGUGAUAAAGUGAUGUUUGAUUGACGAUUGAAGGGGGAAGAUUUCCCAGAAGCCUCAAUAAACGCUGUCAGAAUCUCACUAAAAUCAGCAUUAAAAUAUUUAAGACACUGUUUGCACCUUAAGGUGUGGUUUAGAUUUUGAAACCUUGGCUUUGGGAAACCUUCCCCGUCUGGUCUUAAAAGGCUCUCUGGUGAAUCCUGCUACAUAAAUGGUAGCUGGCUCUCUUAUACAAGCUCCCCCCAAAGCACUGAUGCUGAGUCUGUUUUAUCAUGCUCCCCUCUGUCUUCUCCUUUAGUCUGAGGGGCUUUGAUAAGACCACCUCCUCACAUCAGUUACUGAGGGUUAUCUUUUAUCCGCUCCUUAGGGCUCUUAAGGACUGUACAUUGUACAUACUGGAGGGCCUCCACUACGACGAACCCUGAGGGCCAAACCAGACAGAGCUGAACAAAAUCCAGAGCUAUUUUUCACACAGAAAAAUUAAACUUUGUUUUGUAUAUCAGGGAUGAAUAAAUGAGAUUUUAACAAACAA